AGUGGUAAAAGGUCGGGUUUCAAAUGUCAGCCAGUUGGAAUGGGAUAAUUCAAACAUGUUUACCUCGGCUUAUAACUAAAACUUAAAUUACUUUUUGUGUAACGUUCGAAUGCCAUAAAAGCUUAUGCAUAUAAAUAACUUUAGGUAUUAAACAAAAGCAAAUGUAAAGAUAAAAAAUGGCAAAGAAAACCACAAUGAUAAUUUUGUAGACUACAUCCGGUAAAAAAGAAUGCUGUUCAACGAAGUCAUUGUCACAGCGUACGUUGUAAACAUUGCAAACACCUACACAUUAAAAUAAUUGUAUUUGAUAUAUACAUAUAUUAAUUACUUAUCAUGUAAAAGCUGCACAGGAAAUAAAAUAACAGAGUUAGAGAGAGAAUAAAGGUUAAAAAUUUACUCGUAUUUGAAGUGUAUUAAUUUAAACAUACAAUAUAUAUAUAAAUGAGAUUAUGUAUGUACGAGUGUAAAAGUAGUGUAAUACAAAUUAAUAAACAAAGAAAGAAACACAAGUAUUGCUUCAUGAUGAUUAUGUAAGAAAA